AUGGUUCCUGCUACGUCGUCUACGACACUUCAAGUAGAUUAUCAGACUGAGGGGCGAAACUUCUCCUGGGCUCGCGGUCGCGCCCAUGCGAACACCGACAGUGGGACUCACGUCGUGGUCGCUCUGAACAAGCUGUGGGUACCUCAGCUGGUUGUUGGCCGUGUGGACAUUAUUCUUCGGCCCGAUGGAAGAUUUGGCAUCGAGGAUCCCCUCAACUGGCCGCAGCUGUACUCCGAAAGCAAGCCCUAUCUGGCCCUAAUCCCCAAGGCUCCCAGGGCGACCUCCGAUGCCGCUCCUCUGUGGCAAACACCCGCUUCCAAGGACUUCAUCCGGGCCAACGACGAUGCGUCUGGGGGGGCGUUCGGCUACCUGAGCCGGGUUCGACUGGUCGCCUUGGGCAAGAUCGUCGAUAAGCUGGACGGAGAGGUCCAAGCUUUCAAGCGAUCGUCAAGUGCAGCGCAACCGGCGGUGAUCGACGACUUGCGGCGUCUUCAGGCUGCAAUGCACAACGCCAUGACGAUGUUCGGGAUCCCUUCGACUUAUCGUGACGUCGUUCGUCGAUGUGGCCGUCUUCUUCGAUGCUGGGCGGAAUGCUGGGCGUUCCUGCGGUGGCAUGGGGUCGUAUUACGUUGUGCGGAGGUGACUGUUGCGAAUGACGACAGUCUGAUUCCUCUCGAGCCUGGAGUGGAUGACAGCGGCGUGAUGGGGGCCGUGUGUUCUGACCCAGGUAUCGCUCGCAAGCUAUUCGUCGCCGGGGUUCCAGUAUGGUUGUUGCAGCGUUCUCACACUGUCGGUACUCCCCAAAUCGAAGGGCGACCAGCGAUCCAAUUUACUAGGCCUGAGGGGGUUGAGACGACUCAGACAGUCGCUAUGGGAGGCGUGCGGUGUACGGAGCAGGCCGGAGAACCUCACUUGAUUGCUAUCUCUCGCGAGUCCGAGGCUGUGUUAGACAUCGAGGACGUGCCUCUGCCGGCUGCGUUCGGCUUGACGCAAUACGAGGAUGAACCAGGACCAAGCUCAGGGCGUACGACAGGUCGAACUCAGGCACCUCAGCGUGUUCGUGCUACAGCCCGAUUCGUGCCUGAAGCGCAUGAUCUAUUGCCUCGUAGGAUGGGUGCGUGGGGGGGAAGUUUGGAGGCUCUGGACAUGACCAAGCUGUGCGAAUCUCGGGUCGGGCUGUGGCUCCCUGAGCCCGAGCUCCUAAUUACACCCACGAGCCUGCUUCGGCUCAUGGUAUACGUCUCGAACUGGAUCACCAUCCGCCUGGCCAUAUUUAGCAAGCUCGGCCGACGCACGUUGUACGAGACGCUGACCCCGAACUAUUGGCGAUUGAUCCUGGAGCGGUUCCCCGAAAUGACCGAGGAGGAGAAGAAGGCCUGGGAGCAGAAGAAAUUGAUGGGACGGAAUUCUAGCGGGAAAGCCGGACCGCCGACUACACCGCGAGGUCGCGGGAGUGACGCCACAGCGUUAUCUGGCAGCAGAGCUCGACGACACAAUGACCGCAAUGCCACACCCGGACCUAGCUCGCAGGCCCGACGCGAGCCCGCAAAGGAGAGGUCUAAUGAGAGGCAAAGCGUGUGCGACUAUUUCACCGCUUUCCUUGAUUUCGAGCACCAUCCGUUCACGUUGCGUACGGCUGCGAUUCGAUCUUUCGCGUGGAGGGGCUGGAAAGUACCGCUCAUUUGUCCUGCGGAGGGGGCCGACACACUUCCGUUGCCUGCCGACGUUGCGCGCGAGGUCGCCUGGGAAUUAGGGGAAGUGGCGUUUCGGGUGGAGCUUCGCGAACUUGACCGCCGCAUGGCGCCCCAAGAUUGUGCCACGGAUGUCCGACGCAGCACCGAGCUGCUCUCCCAGAUUUUCCCUGGAACACAUUGGUCGCGACCGGACCUCCCGCCGCCGCAAGAAGGUUUAAGUGCUUCGAAUAUUCGAGACCGGUGCACGAGCCUCGAGGGGCUGCGUCAGCUCCUCGUCCGCUGGGACGGCUGUCCUGCUACCUUCCGGGAACAACGUCUCGAUACUGGCGCGCCUCAGAAGGCACUCGAGGACUUUGAACACGCUGCGACAGUCUUUUACUGCGAAACUGCGUACAAGAAGUUCGGGAGAGCCGCUGCCGUCCCCCGCGAAGUGCCGCAAUCAUUUUACCGCGACCUGGACCUCGAACGUAUCACGCUAUAA